UGGUGUCUGUGGUUAAUUCGCUGUCGCUGAUUGAAAGUGGAAUAGAUGGACUGUGCUUGUACAAGAAAAUAAAGGUCAAAAAAAGAAAGUGCUAAAUACCUGAUCAUUGAUAGACGGCUCUGAAAAUUUGGAGGCGUUGAAUCUUACUUUAAUUAGUUUAUUUGGUGACCUUUACAAAAUGGCUUGCGUGGAGAAUAUACCACCCAAGAACCCUGAUUCUGAAAUGGAAGAAGGAGAGAUAGUGGAUGAAUUUGACGAUAUAUCUUCGGAUGAAGAAUUGCUAUUGCGUCAAAGGUUGUAUAUUCUGGAAACAUACAACAAUGUCCUUGAGAGAAAGAAAGCAAAGGAUUUCUCCAAUCCACCAUGUAAAAAGCAAAAGUGUGAUUCAUUGUCACAGGACCUCUCUGAAAUAUCUGCUGCAUCAGAUUUUGAAGAUGGUCACAUGUACCAAAAUACAAAUGAGAAACAUAUUAAAAUACAUAAACAUAAAAGAAGAAAUGAAAUUUUGCCAAUUAAAAUCAAUAGUAAAAGUAAAGAAAAGAAAAAAAUACAUCGAAAAAAUAAAGUGCCACUUAAAGUAAUUAGUGAAUCAAGUGAGGAAUCUGAUGAUGAAUACAGAAAUAAAAGAAGGAAAUUGGCUAAUGCGGUAGCAGUUCAUAAACCAAAAAAUGAUACAUCUUCUUUAAGUGCUAGACUGAAAAAAAUGCUUUAUGGUCCCAAAAUUAUUGGCCCAUUCAAUGAAAAUAAUAAGGAACAAAAACAAUCAGAAGUAGAAAAAGAUAAUUUGCCUAUUGUGUUCAAUUCCCUUAAUGGAUCUCCUAUUUCUGAUGAUAAUUCUAAUCUCCAAAAUAAUCCUAAUAAUGCUUUGCAAGAAGAUUUAAUUAAAAUGUCAAGCGAAAAUGAAUUAAUUGAUUUUUAUGAAGAUAGCAAUAUUGAAAUAAAUGGUGAAAAAAAUGAAAAAAGUCAUGAUGUAGUUGACUCUGGUAAUAAAGAUAGAGAAUGUGUUAAGGAAAUUAAUCAAGACUCUGAUGAAGAUUUGGAAUUGCUCAGGAAACAUGCAUUAGAAACUAAGUCUUCCAAAGUAAAAAAUCCAGUCAACAUAGUUCCCAACGAACAUGAAAUAAAAACUAAUAAUUUUACUUUGACAGAAGAUGAUGAAAGUUACACUGCAGAGCUUAGAUUAAUAUGUCUUAAAUCAGCUUAUCUUAAAAAAGCUUUUGAAAUUAAAAGAAGACAAAAAUUGAAGAAGAAGCUGUCCCAGUCUUCUAUAUUGUCAGAUGACUUCAUACUUGAGCAGGAUGCAUUAUCAAAUAAAAUUGAUUCACAAAAUAAUACUGACAUAGAAUCUGUAGAUAUGGAGAUAGGUUCAGAUGGUGAUGAGAAAACAAAGGAAUUGGGUAAUGGUAUAAUUGAAGAUGUUACAGUAAAUUUAGUGAAUGACGUCCAAAUAUCUAAAGAGGAGGAGUUUGAAGAAGACGAAGACUUACUCCGAGCAAAAUUACUGACAUCAUUGAGUAAAAAUUUGCCAACUUUAAUGAAUACUAGUAUUUUAGAAGAAGUGGACGAAAUUUCUACUGAUGUAGUAGAAGACAUUAAAAAUAUAAACCCCAAUGAAAAAACUACACAUAAUGUUAAGAUUCCUGAACCAAAAAAGUUGAUAAUACAGUUGAGAGAGUCAGAUUCAGAAGGUGAACACGAAGCAACCAAGAAUUUAACGAAAAUGCAUAUGAAGCAGCGGAAAGCCGAUUUCGAACAACAGCUAGAUAUUUUUCUGAAAGAUACACGGAAAAAAGUAGAAAAUCAAGAAAUUCCUGAAAUCUCAUCAUUAAAUCCAUCUGAAAAGUUUGUACCUAAGUCAGUGAAGCACUUGCCUAAGUCUGAACAAAUAGAAUAUAAGAAUUUAGUGAAAAAAAUGGCUGAAUUAGAGAAGAUGAAGCAGGCGAGGCAGUCAGCCCUAAAUUCAGUCAAAACCGUACAAGUAAAGGAAACACUGAAACCUAGAAAUGUAACAGUGGAUACCAAAACAUUAUCAAAUGGUAAUGCAGAUGAACAAAUUGCAGUUUCCAGGAAAAAAAUAGCAGAAGAAUCCGCACAUAUGAUAAGGCUCAGAGAAGAGGCAACAAAAUUAUCGCAAAAAUACAAAAUAGUUGCUACGGAGCUUAAAAACAUAGCAACUGCUAUAGCUUUAAAUAAAAAACAACAAAAGACUGCACAGAUACGGUUAUCAAAAAUUAGAUUGCAACAUCAAAUGCUUUUAAAAAGUUCCAAUUAUUCACACUCCCAAAGUAACGGCUUUUUACCCUCCAUUAAUCGUAACGGCAACAAAAGUAUAUCUACGAUUAGGUUACAAAAAGAGAAUAAUCCUAGAAAGGAUGAAUAUAAAAAUCCACAAAUUCUAAAAUCAAUGAAAGUUAGUGUGGUCAAUGAUUUAAAUGAAGCCACAGAAACUUCUAACCCAAGUCUGUCAGUAAAGAUAGAUAUAAUAAGUAACAACAAGAUUGUCACAGUACCAAAGAUAGACCAAGCAAAGGAGGAAAAUACAGAAAAAGACUUAAUAAAAAAAGAAACUGACAGAAGAGAAGCUAUUUUGACUGCUGAUGCUGAAAGAGCAGAUCCUGGUCAGCCAGAUUUGGAUAAAGAAGUUGGCACGAGUCUUAACAGCCAUGAAUUGACAAACCGAAGUAAUAUACUAAAAACCAAUGAAGUUGAUGAUUAUACAUCUCCCCUUCAAGCCUUAGAUGCAGCCAAGUGUAUUCAUAGAAAAACAAGGAAAUGUGCAUGUUUUCAUUAUCCAUUACGUCACUUUCCAUGACACGUGGAUGGGAAUGCGUACGCACAUCGUUCAGCUGUGCGAUGUAAGUAUGCAUUAUGGUCUGUCCACAGUCGCCAGUGAAUCAGUUAAAAUAUAUUCAAUUAAUAUGUUUUCAGCUGGGAAGCGGAUCCCAACGCAUUCCUCUGCCCGUACGAGGUCGGAGGGCACUGCCAGGAUCCUGACUGCAAAUACCUCCAUCCAAAAAUUCCUUCUCUGCAAUGACACACACAGGCAUACUUACCCAAUCAUACACAUACACAACACAUACAAAAAAACAGACUAUAACUCCUAAAUUUUACAAUCCCCCCACUUUCCCCUUAUGAACUGCGGAUGGAAUCACAGCAUUAUGUAAUGUAUAUCAUACAUCUUUUUAUUUGGUACCAUUAUUAUACGGAUCGUUUAUAUUUUUUGCAUGUUUAUCUCUCAGCGUAACAUUUAUUCCCUGUAGAUAGUUUUUCUAUGUAAAGAAAGAGAGUUACAUUUGUUGAAAACAAGGGCGAUGAAUUAUUUAAAUUGCGAAACUUUUGUUAUUUCUGUUACACAUGUUUUUUUCUUUAUUUAAAUGCAACAUCAAUGCUCGCC